AUGAGGCAGGGCCUACGAUGGCUAAUGCAUUCCGUCGCCAUGCUAAUUGGCCAGGUGUCUGAGUUCCGUCAACAGCACGUAGCAAUGAUGAACAACGGCCACGGGUGCAUGUCCAGCAGCCCUACUGAGUCCUCCAGAUUCAAUUUGAGUCCGGUUGGCACUCUUGAGCAGCUGGACUCCCUCACUAACGCCCUGAGCGAAGAAACUUAUCGCCGCCAACUGGUAUUUAUGCAACUUAUUUGUUUAUCACUUUGCUAGGUGACGUAUCUAAGCACGCUUGGCGUGGACACUGUUGUGUCCUUCGUUGACAGAGUGUUCGGAGCGCUGUUCUCCGAGGACAUUACCUCCUUUGUCACCUUUUAUGGGCGACAACAAGGAAAGAGGCCGUUCUUCGGAACGCCUCUGUACAAUCUGGUUCUAGGUAGGACUUGCACUGCAUGUAUGCUUAUGCCUUUUAUUAUAGAGGUCUUCGACCACUGGAAUCGAGGACAGCGCUCCGACCGUCACCAGUUGGAGAGGGCAAUAAAAAACGCCUUCAAGAGGGCGUAUGACAGAUUACUGAAAAGGCAUAAUAAGGCCAAUAUUAACAGUGAGUCUGCUAUUAACAUAAAUGCAUUUAAUUUAAUGGAAUUUGAUACGUUAUUUUUUUUAUCGAAUUUAAUCUCACUCCUAUACAUGUUUCCGUUGUAGAUUCACAAAUUCAGAAUGGUGGCAAGGGCCCAUCAUCGGAACAAUGA